AGUGUUCGGUCGGGUAUAGCUUCGAGCGGAUCAAGAAAUAUAUAAUCGAGAGCAGUUGCCGUUAGUUCUAUUCUUCAGUUGUCGGUUCUGCCUCUUUUGUUAAAACCGUAACGCAUAAGCUGUGGCUCGCAACGGUCUUCUCGUUUCCAUUUAAACCGAAUUGUAUUAGCCGGAAGCCAGAGAAGAUGAGUUACUGGUAUCGGAAUUACACUCCAAGUUGGCUGCAGCGAUGGUGGCCCAACCCCCACCAGCCACGCAGAGUGAAUCCCUUUCGGAGCACUCGGCCCUCGGCCGAUCUAGAAGAUGCCGCCAGUUCCGCCGUCCUGGGCGUCCACAGAGUGGACCUUUGCCUGGAGGAUAACCACGAUGAGCACCACACCAGUCACUUUUAUGCGGCAGCUGCCAAGGAGGCUCUGAUCGUGAGGAGAGGCGAACCCUUCCGGCUGCGUAUUCACUUCAAUCGAGACUAUAGCCCCAGCAAGGAUGCGAUUAGCUUCAUUCUCAGCGUAGCGGAUGACACCAAGCCGAGCCCAGGACAUGGAACUCUGAAUGCCUUGGUGCCGCACGAUGGCAUCGACUAUCUGGGCGACACCCUGGAGUGGGGAGCCGGCAUUGAGUCCCACGAGGGACUAACCCUCACAGUACUGAUCAAGCCGCCAUCCACAUGUCCUGUGACUGAGUGGAGACUCGACAUUGACACAAAGUUGUUGGGAGAUGGCUCGAGGAGCUACCCGCUGCCACUGCCCAUCUACAUUCUGUUUAAUCCCUGGUGUCCGGAGGAUCAGGUCUAUCUGGAGGAUCGGGAGCAGCGCAAGGAGUACGUGAUGCAUGACACCACGCUCAUAUGGCGGGGAUCCUACAACCGACUUCGUCCCUCGGUCUGGAAGAUCGGCCAGUUUGAGCGUCAUGUGCUGGAGUGCAGCCUCAAGGUCCUGGGCACCGUGGGCAGGAUUCCGCCGGCCUACAGAGGCGAUCCUGUGCGAGUGGCCCGUGCUCUGUCAGCUUUGGUUAACUCGGUGGACGACGAUGGCGUCUUGCUGGGCAAUUGGUCGGAGGAUUUCUCCGGUGGCGUUGCACCCACCAAGUGGACCGGAUCGGCGGAGAUCCUCCAACAGUUCCACAAGACCCAGAAGUCGGUGAAGUUUGCUCAGUGCUGGAACUUUAGCGGAGUGCUGGCCACCAUUGCCCGAAGUCUGGGCAUCCCGGCGAGAAUCAUCACCUGCUACUCGUCGGCCCACGACACCCAGGCAUCGCUCACAGUCGAUGUUUUCAUCGAUUCGAACAACAAGAAGCUGGAGGCGGAAACCACGGACUCGAUAUGGAACUACCAUGUAUGGAACGAGCUGUGGAUGCAGCGCCCGGACCUGGGCAUUGGUCAGCAUGGCUCCUACGACGGCUGGCAGGUGGUGGAUGCCACCCCGCAGGAGGCAUCGGACAACAUGUACCGCGUGGGUCCUGCCUCCGUUCUGGCCGUGAAGCACGGCGAGAUCCUGCGGCCCUUCGACGGCGGCUUCGUCUUUGCGGAGGUGAAUGCGGACAAGCUCUACUGGCGCUACAACGGACCCAGUCAGCCCCUGAAGCUUCUGCGCAAGGACACCCUGGCCAUUGGCCACCUCAUUAGCACCAAGGCGGUGCUGAAGUGGGAACGGGAGGACAUCACCGAUACCUACAAGCAUGCUGAGCGCUCCGAGGAGGAAAGGAGCACCAUGCUCAAGGCCCUCAAGCAAUCCCGCCAUGCCUUCAGUCGGUACUACCUGAACGACAACUUCAACGACGUGGAGUUUGACAUGGAGCUCAAGGACGACAUCAAGAUCGGCGAGAACUUCAGUGUGGUGCUCAAGGUCACGAACAAGAGCGAGACAGUGACACACCUGGCCACGGGACAGGUCAACUGCGAUGCCGUCCUGUACACCGGCGUGGGUGCCAUGGAGGUUAAGGUCCUGGGCUUCGAACUCGAGCUGAAGCCCAAGAGCAGCGAGUACGUGCGCAUGGAGGUCAUUUUCGAGGAGUACUUUGAGAAGCUCUCCUCGCAGGCUGCCUUCCAGAUCUCGGCAGCCGCCAAGGUCAAGGACACGGACUACGAUUACUAUGCCCAGGAUGAUUUUCGAGUGCGCAAGCCGGACAUUAAGUUCCAGCUGGGCGAGGCAAGCAUCGUGGCCCAGAAGGAGCUGGACGUAAUCGUGCGCCUGGCCAAUCCGCUACCUAUUCCUCUCCACAAGGGCAUAUUCACGGUGGAGGGACCUGGCAUUGAGCACCCUCUAAAGUUUAAGAUCGCCGAGAUUCCAGUGGGUGGCACCGCCGCAGCGACCUUCAAGUACACUCCGCCCUACGCCGGACGCGGCACAAUGCUGGCCAAGUUCACCUCCAGGGAGCUAGACGAUGUGGACGGCUACAAGCACUACGAGAUCGAGCCAAGGCCAGAGGAUGUGCUGCAGCCGAAUGGAAGCCACCGGAGGAGCAACAUCAUCCGCAGACGCACUGAUGUUAUAGCCUGAAAUAAUCCCCAUUUUUUCGUAUUUUUAGCCUUAGUGAUUUGUUGUAAAUAAUAUUUAAU